UUGCAGAGAGACAUAAUCGAGCUCGGAUUGAUAGAUGCGCAUUUUAAAAAAGGUAGCGCGGUUUUGCUUCGUUUCCAAUGUCUAGACUUUGGCUUCACCCUUUGAUAGUACUACAGUUUUACCGUGAAGUUAUUGAUCAAAAUCCCACCGUCAAGCAAUAACUAUGUCUACAAAGAAACUGGCAAAGGAAUUAGGAUUAUUGAGGCAGCGGAGUCAGUCCUCCUCUGGGUCAAAGAAAUCUACAGUUUCAAAUCAAAUAUUUUCAUAUCUCGUUGUGAUUGACUUUGAGUCCACUUGCUGGAGAGAAAAGAACAACUACAGUCAGGAAAUUAUUGAAUUUCCUGCUGUUCUGUUGAACACAGCCACAGGACAGGUCGAGUCUGAGUUUCACACUUAUGUUCAACCCCAAGAACAUCCCAUACUGUCCGAGUUCUGCACUGAGCUGACCGGGAUUACACAGACACAGGUUGAGGCAGGGAUCCCCCUUCAGAUCUGUCUCUCUCGGUUCACCCGCUGGCUGCAAAACCUUCAGCUCGAGAUGGAAGUGGUCUUUUCCAACAAACAGCAGAGAUGUUCUGCCCCUUUGCCUUCUCAGAAACUGUGUACUUUCCUCACAUGGUCAGACUGGGAUCUUGGAGUUUGUUUGCAGUAUGAAUGUAAACGCAAACAGCUUCAUAAACCUGAUGUUCUCAACAGCUGGAUAGACCUGAGGAGCACAUACAGGCUGUUUUAUGCCAGGAAACCCAAAGGCCUGAACGGGGCACUUCAAGAUCUAGGGAUACAGUUUUCCGGGAGAGAACAUUCUGGUUUGGAUGACGCCCGAAAUACAGCUCAGCUGGCAGCAAGAAUGAUGAGAGAUGGCUGUGUAAUGAAGAUCACCAGGAGCUUGGAGAGGACCUCUUUGAUAGUCAAACCCAUGUUUGGAAACACUGCCUGUCCUGCAAACAAAAAGACAGAAAACAGGAACAACAAUAAAAAGGAAAAUACUCUCACUGCAAGCAGACCCUCAUCAUCCAAAAUUCCUCUAAAGGCUGCUCAAAAACAGCCUUGUUCAGAGAUCAUCACUAGGAAUGUGGACAUAAAGGAAAACUCAAAUUCAGUUCAACAAUCUGUUCAAACCUGUCAAAGCCUGAUCUCACCUAAGACACUACUCAAUGGUGCGAUGACCCCUUUAUGGGGAAACAGCAGGAGGUCAGUUACAGCAGAGGCUGCAGCUAGCCGUUCCUCCUCAGUUAUGAUCAACUGUACUUCACCACGCAAUAACAAUACCAGCCUGGUUCUGUGUUCUACUACCAUGAACUGCUUUUCACACCUACCUCAGCCAAACCAGGAAUCAAAAACAGGAGCAACACCAGGACUGGUGGAGGAGGAGGGAGGUGCAGAACUUUCAGUGGAAACAGAGGAGAGAUGUGGUUCUUAUGACGAUGUGGUGCUAGAUGGUGAUGAAUGUAUUAGUGAAACAGACAGAGAAUGUGAUACUGAGUACAUAUCAGACUUUGACAGUGGAUGUUAUGAGUGGGAAGAGACAGAUAAUUCACUUUCACCUGGAGGUCAGUGCACAUUUAAUAUAAGAGAAACAAUGAGUGCUGGAAACUCCAAAGUGCAAAAGAUAACUAGUGAUUCAUCAACAACCUCUAACUCGACAAAGACAUUAAGAUCCCAUAUUACAGUCUCUAAUAGCUUAAAUGAAGUGGUGCAGCAUUCAACAUCCUCCAUGUCGGAUAGUUAUUUUGCUGUGCCUAAAACUGUGACCUGGAGAAAACCAAAUCAGUGCAAAACAGGACUUAGAACCUCUCUACAACUUCAGGAAACAUCCGAUGGGAAAACAGACAAGUCUUCUCUAAUCAGACCAAAGCCCUUUGUUCCAGAAAAGACCUCCACCCCCAAUACCUCCUUUGCCAGGCCCAAACCUGUCAUCACCCAACACACAAAACACAAGGAGACCCACAAGCCAUCCUUUACCAUCUACACUGAACCAGUAAAACAGACUGCAGCGCCCCCCGGUGGUGCUCUGUACAUCCCCAUGUAUGUCCUCUCCUCUUUGUCAACCAACACACUCUCCUCCUGUACCAAUCCUUCCUCCACUUCAGUGAAAGGAGCACACAAGAUCACUUCCCCUCUGUGUGCAUGUGGUCGUCGUGCAAAGCGACAGGUUGUGUCCAACGGCGGUCCAAACCACGGCCGAGGGUUCUAUUGCUGUCCAGUACGACGCUCGGGCAGUGGAGGCAGGGUGAAGAAAGGGUGUGAGUUUUUUAAAUGGGAGUCGGCUCUGAUGAAGAACAGUUCAGUGGUCGCUCCUGCUGUCGGUUCUUCUGUUUCACUCUGUCAGAUGAACUCUACCCUCACACAUCGUCCACCACACAGGUCAUUGGUAAGAAAAAGCUAUUAGAGAAACUGAAAGGGGAGAAGCGUAAAAACGAGGAAAAACAUGGAACACAUUACACUGUGUCCAUACACUGUAAUGUCUCAGUGAGUCUUGAGCAGAACAAGGACAUUUUUGAAAGUGUUUUAUGUGUACUUAUGUUGUUAAUGUAACCUAUGCAAUUCAAUGUUGUUAUUUUAUGAACUUUAUCAACUAAUAACUUAUUUAAGCAACUGUUGUAGGUUUUGAUUAACUGAUAGUUACAUAAAAAGGGUACAAUCUAGAAAAAAAACCCUGGCAGAAUCAGUUAAGUAUAAUAAAAUUAGUUUAUUAUACUACUUUUACUGAGUAUAAAAUGAGUAUCCUUCCUUGAAUCAGCUACUGCUCCAAAUUGCACUCAUGUUGGACACACAUCAGCAAUUCACAUCUUAUUUAAGCAACUUUUGUAGGUUUAAAUCAACUGAUAGUUACAUUAAAAAGGUUAUUAUUCUAGACAGUUCCUGUUGCAGGAUCAGCAAAGUAUAAUAAAAUGAGUUUUCAUGUACUUCUAUAUGGUGGUUUUGCCUGGGUAAGCAACUGGCUCAAUUGCAGGACUUUUUGUAUCAUAGUUGACAUUUUUGCUGUUUUCGGGUCUAAAAUCAACAUCACCGCCUAUAACCAAACACCACAUGGCAUUUUUUGAGAAAGAUUCUUCUAAAAUAUUAUAUAUACAAUUGAGUAAAAUUGAAAUUGAAAGUUAUUUAUAAAGAUAUUGUAGUAAACCUGUUGACAUGCGAUAAAUCCACACUUGACUCACACACUACUUUAUAUUAAAUAACUCAGAAAGCCUUGGAGUCUGGCCAGUCUUUUCUUCAGGAGGAAAUGACAUCAUGUGGAGCAGGUCAUGUGAUGUGGGCAGGUCAGGUGUUUUUGUAAUGGCUAACUUGGUUGAAAAUGAUUUCUCAGACGCAGAUACAAUUUGUUAUUUUCCAUAUAAAAUUUGAUUUAUUGCCAAAAAAGAAAUAUCUGUCAUGAUUAUCUCAACAUAAUAAAAAGAACACAAUCAAAACUA